CAAUCAGUGCGCAUUCGGCGCGCUGUGUGUGCUGUUCGAUGUCGGAACACUGAAAACGACAAUAAAUUUAAAGAGAUACAUCUAUAAGAACUGCAAUCAAGAUGCUGUUUCUCCGCUCUACUGAGGAACACACAGACGAGCAGCUAUUCAAAAUCAAACAAUUGCGUCAGCUCGUAGAGAAGUCUGACGAGUUGGAGGUCGGCACCGAUGAUAUAUUUUUGACUAAGUUUCUGUAUUACACCAACUGGGAUACGUUUAAGGCAUAUCAGGCUAUACAUGCCUAUUAUGAUUUUAAACUGAGGCAUCCCACCUGGGUGGCCCAGCAUCCCGUACAGUAUUAUGCGAAAAUAUUCUUUGCUACGCAAUGUCGUUUUGUCAUGCCCCAUACGGAUAAGAAUGGACGUGUGCUGGUCAUCUUUAAGACAGUGGAUGCAUUUCAAGAAUUUCCCGAUUAUUUGCAGCAUUUGGUCGAAAUGGAUGAUCUCAUCUUUGAGUCAAUGUUAAUGUUGCCGAGAGUUCAGAGAAACGGCAUAACGGUGAUUUGUGAUCUUCAGGGUACAACUAGAAACUUUCUACGCCAGUUCUCGCCCAUGUUUAUGAAAAUUGUGAAUGAGAAGAAUACAGUUCUGCCCUUUUCCCAGCGAAUUGUGCAUAUCAUACAACGAGGAUUUCUCAUGCACGUCACUUCCUCGCUAUUUCUUCCCUUUAUGAAUAAGGAUUUUAAAGAUCGGAUAUUCACUCACGAUGGUCGACACUUAAACAAACUGCGCGAGAUGGUUGGAGUUGACUAUUUGCCGGCAGAAUAUGGUGGCCCGGCAACUAAUGUGCUCGAUACAAAACUGAUUUUUAAUCAUUUAAGUCAAAGUGCGGAUUACUUGGAACAGUUACAACAAUAUAAAAAGCGUUGAAAUAGAGAAUAGAGAUGAUUCAAUAUACAAUAAAUAGAAUUAAUGGCUAUUAAAGUUUUGAAAACUUUCAGACUAAAUCAAUAGAAAAUAAAUAAUAAAGGUACCGCACAAAAUCAUUUAAAA